AUGGAUUCGUCCAUCGAGACUUUGCGGGCCGAAGUCUAUCGGCUAGAGAAGGCUGCCGCUGCCGAAGAAGCGGAAGUCGCGCGCAAGCGCACCAAGGCCAAGGAGCUCCUAAAGGCUAUCAAGGAGAAGGAGGAGGAGGAGGAGAAGGAGAAGGGGGAGGAGGAGAAGAAGAAGAAGGAGGAGAAUGAGGAGGAGGAGAAGGAGGAGAAGGAGGGCAUGACUGGUGCCUUGGUUCUGAGAACCAAGGAAAUAGACAUGAACAUGGAGUAG